CUCAUUCCACAACCCAUUGAAUUGUUGAGGCAACUAUAGUAGAUAUGGAGUUCUUCUUCCUCUCUCUCCUCUGCCUCUUUCUUCUCUUUGUCUUACUCUUCUACAAAUCCAACUUCAAAAACCUCACCCUCCCGCCUGGCUCCACUGGGUGGCCGUUGAUCGGCGAGACCCUCGAGUUCCUGGCCACCGGCUGGAGAGGUCACCCGGAAAAAUUCGUAUUCGACCGCAUAUCCAACUACUCAUCCUACGUCUUCAAGAUAAAUCUUCUAGGCUCCACAACAGUAGUGUUCGCCGGUGCAGCUGGAACACCGUUCCGGAGAGCUAUCAAGGCCUCGGAGUUUAUUAGGAAGGAGCUUUUGGCGAUUAUUAAGCAGAGAAAGGUUGAUUUGGGAGAUGGAAAGGCUUCGCGGACACAAGAUAUAUUGUCACAUAUGCUUGUGACGAGUGAUGAAAAUGGAAAUUUCAUGAAAGAGGCUGAGAUUGCUGAUAAAAUCUUGAGUUUGUUGAUUGGUGGCCACGACACUGCUAGCUCCGUCUGCGCUUCCGUUGUCAUGUUUCUUGCGGAGCUUCCUCAUGUUUAUCAACGAGUGUACGAGGAGCAAAUGGAAAUUGCGAAAUCAAAAGCUCCAGGGGAAUUGUUGAACUGGGAUGAUAUUAAGAAGAUGAAGUAUUCAUGGAAUGUAGCGUGUGAAGUGAUGAGACUUGCACCACCCCUCCAAGGAACUUUUAGAGAAGCAAUGACAGAUUUCAUGUACAAUGGUUUCUCAAUUCCAAAAGGCUGUAAGUUAUAUUGGAGUGCGAACUCGACACAUAAAAAUUCAGAAUUCUUCAUCGAGCCACACAAGUUUGACCCAUCAACGUUUGAGGGAUCUGGACCCGUACCUUACACAUAUGUGCCUUUUGGAGGAGGACCAAGAAUGUGCCCAGGAAAAGAGUAUGCUAGAUUGGAAAUACUAGUGUUCAUGCAUAAUCUGGUAAAGAGGUUCAAGUGGGAGAAAGUAAUUCCCAACGAGAAGAUUGUUUUCGAUCCCAUGCCUAAUCCUCAAAAAGGCCUUCCGAUUCGCCUUUUCCCUCACAAAGCUUAAAUUGGCUAUAGAUUGUUAAUGAAUAAUGCUAUAUGUAUCAAUUAGUGUACUAACUAGUGUACCAAUUGAUGAUGUGAUAUAUUUUAAAAUA